GAAAAAACAGCAAAGAAAAACCUCAAUUGAAAGGCCUAGACUUUGGAAGCCAGUUUCGAUUUUCUCACUCCUCCUCUCGGUGAGCGCAAAUGGCGACUGCAACAUAUCCUCCACCACCACCGUAUUACCGGCUAUACAAGGACUAUUCGCAAAACCCUAAUUCCACACCUGAACCACCACCUCCCAUUGAAGGCACCUACACCUGCUAUGGCGCUACUUACACUACUGAUGAUGUGAUGCCGAGUUUGGAGGAUCAAGGGGUUCGUCAGAUGUACCCUAAAGGACCUAGUAUAGAUUUCAAGAAAGAAUUGAAGUCCCUCAAUAGGGAGUUGCAGCUGCAUCUAUUGGAGCUAGCUGACAUUCUUGUCGAAAGGCCAUCACAGUAUGCUAGGAGAGUGGAAGAAAUUUCAGUUAUAUUUAAGAAUCUACAUCACCUGCUCAAUUCACUGCGUCCUCACCAGGCCAGAGCAACACUAAUACACAUCCUUGAGCUUCAAAUACAACGAAGAAAACAAGCUGUCGAGGAUAUUAAAAGGAGGCGGGAAGAGGCACAAAAACUUCUAAAGGAGGCACUUGGAACUUUGGAAGGACAGUAACAUGAUGAACUUGUUCUUACUUUGCUUAUGUAUUGUCGUUUACAUAGGAACUCAUGCCAGUGGGUCUACGUCAACCAAAGUUUUGAUGGCUGUGGUACUGGAUGGAUACAAUAGUGAUCCUUGUGCUGGAGUUUAAAUCACGGUGCUUGGCUAUCCCAUUUACUUGUAAGGAAAUUAACAUGAACAAUUAGGUUACCUUGUAUAUUAGGACUACUAGAAUGAUAAUACCGUGUCUGGACUAGUGUCGUUAACUCAAUUACAAGCUCUAACUUGGUUAGCAAUUACUAUACAUAACUAAAUUUUUAUUUA